UUUUUUUUCUCAAGCUUGACACAUUGCAAAGGUCACCCAGUUUAUGACUUUAAAUGAAUGUUUAAGCUCCGAAUGUGAAUGUGCAGGUGUAAAUAUUUAUUAACGUUGCCAGUUCUGCGGUUUUUUCUUCUUCUUUGUUGACCAAUCUUUACUGAAACAAAGGUUAACUAUUUCAAGGGUUUCUUUUAUUAAACAAGUUUAUUUUAUAUAAAUUUCAAUUUAAACCAUUCUCAACAAGAAAUCAGACUUGAUUGAAGAAAGAGAAAAAAAGAUAAAGUAAGACGCUUUUUAUCUUUUUUUAGAUUACUUUAUAUGGAGCAAAGGCUCAAUAAAUCAACAAAAGGAAAGGGCUCUUCUUCUCAACAACAACAUAAUAGUAAUAGUAGUAGCAAACGCUAUAGCUUAAGAAACAAAAAAGAGUCAUCACCAAAGAAAGUAGCUAAACAGACGAGUUCCAGAAAGAGAAGACAGUCAGAAACAGAUACUCCAAGUAAUAAAAGAAGGAUGGAACAAAAGGGAAAACAAAAGGAAACAGAAAAUAAUAAAUCCUUAAAAAAGAAUCAAAGAAGAAUGUCUAAUCAACAACAACAACAACAAAACUUGGAUGAAACUCUACAAGAUAGUCCCCAUGUUCCCGGUUUAGAAUAUGAAGAGAAAGAGGGAGAGGAUCAUGCGGAUGAAGAAUCACAUUAUGAUAAUGGGCAUGGAGAAGAAGAAAACGAGGAUGAGGAUGAUGAAGAAGUUGGAGACGAAGGUGAUGAAGAGGAAAUGAUGAAUGAAUUGAAUCGUGUCAGGCGUGCUCUUGGUUUACAGAUGGAAGGCCUCUUUGGUGGUAUGCCAUCUGAUUCUAGCAGAUUCAGAUCCAUCUUAUCAACCCUCAAGAACCAAGAAGAACCAACAAUGCAGCUUAUAGCAUUGCAAGAACUGGCAGAAAUCUUAUCCGUCAGUAAUGAAGAUAACCUGAUUGGUUAUUUUUCCUGUGAUAGCUUUGUAAAGGAAUUAAUCCGAAUUAUGUCUGGUCCAGAAAUCAUGGCAGAUAUGGAUGAUGACAUGAUGCUCGCAUUAGCUAUGAGCGAGGGUUUAUCAGCAGGAAAUCCUGAGAUCAUGUUGCUUGCUUGCCGUUGUAUAUCAAACCUCUUGGAUGCCAUGCCUACCGCAGCAACAAGCAUCGUAUUUCACGGAGGAAUCAAGGUUCUGUGUCAAAAAUUAAAAUCAAUUCAGUACAUUGACCUGGCUGAGCAAGCUCUUUGUGCUCUCGAGAAAAUAUCUGCUCAAGUGCCUCGCGCAGUCGUACAUGAAGGUGGACUCGGCGCAUCCUUGAUGUAUUUUGACUUUUUCAGUGUUCAUGCUCAGCGUACAGCUUUACGUACAGCAUCCAACUGUCUACGUGGAAUAGAUCAAGAGUCAUUUUCACAAGUAACCGAAGUGACCCCUACAUUGAUGAAUGCAAUGUCCUAUUCUGAUCGCACAGUGGUUGAACUGACAUGUCUUUGUUGGGUAAGAAUCUCUGAAAGUUACCGCAGUCAAAGAGAGUCUUUGGAACGGGUCAUCUCCGUGGAUCUAUUGAAGACCCUGUUUGGUUUAAUUCCCAUAACUGGAAACUCGAAUGCUGUACGACCUGCCACAUUUCAGGAUAUCCUGCGUAUCUUCCGGGCUGUUGCCAAAGCCUCGCCUCACCUCAGUUUUGAACUUUUAAAGAUGGAUAUCAUUGGUACGUUCUAUCACAUUCUUACCGGCUCUGCUGCAGCAACGAAUCAACCACAAACAUCUCACGUCACAUUGGAUUCAAAAUGGAGAGAAUCUGUCCCAACCAUCAUAAAGACCAUGGCCGAUCUAUUACCACCCUUACCGAAAAACAGCAUGUUUAGCUCAAGAAGAUUUAAAGAAAACGGUCCUGUUGCAAGUCGUACCAGAUCGUCUGGCUUGCCGUUGCCUUCGGAAUCUGGUGGCAGUCCCGUCGACCCACGCAUUUCUUGGUUUGAAGAGCAUUCCGAAUUUUUGGUUCGUAUUGAUUCAAUUCUCUUUCCGUUAUUCUUGGAUAUGUACGCCUCUACGGUUAAUCUUCGAGUGAGACAGUUGAUCAUCCACACGAUGCUCAGGUUAACGCAUUACACAAACCCAGAAGAUCUUGAGAAGGUGCUCAAGAGCGUUCCGUUGUCAAGUUUCUUAUCCGGUAUUCUAACAAGACAGGAGCAACCGGGCCUUAUAAUCGAUGCACUUUAUCAUGCUGAGCUUUUGAUAAAGAAACUCCCAAGCAUUUACCACGUUUUAUUCGAAAGAGAAGGUGUUCUUCACGAGAUAGAAUCUAUUGCUAAGCAGCCGAUAGUAAGUGAAUCACAGUCGACUCAAAAUGAUGCAAAUCUCGACGAAAGUGACGCCACGACGACUGAUGCAGAAAAGAAACAAGAGGGUGAUGAGGAAGAUGAGAGCGAACAGGAGGAGAGAAGAGAUACGGCUAUUGGUAGCAGCCAAGAGAGAUCCAACCUUCCGCAAAGGCGCAUUCUUGAUCGUGGUGAUUUGCAAGCACUGUUGCAAGAGCAUUAUGCACUCCUUCAAUCAUCAAGAACUGGCCGCCAUUCGCAGUCCGCAAGUGAAUCAGAAAAGGGUUUGGGCAGAGGCUCCGUUAGGAAAUAUAUUAUUCAACUAGCACAAAACUUCAUUGCUAAUUAUUUCCACGCUGACGAGUCCAAUGCUCAUGGAGUGCCCUCACGUACGCCAGGCAGCACAUUGAAGGAAAUCGCCAUUUUCACAGAGCAAUUAUUGAACCCGCAAGACAAGGAAUCAGCAGAGAAAACACUCGUACAGCUUUCUACGUACUUGAAAAAUUCUCCGAUGGGCAUCAGCAGCUUUGAGCUGACGAAUUCUGGGCUUAUGAAGGCCAUGUUAGCUUUUCUAACUGAAAAAGAUGGGUUCAACAGUAUUUCACGAGAGGAACGCAAGCACAUAUUUGAAACUAUCUUUAUGGACAAUCCUGAUCUUGAUGAGGAUGGUAAUAAUUCGUUGAAGAAAUUGGUGGUUCGUCUGCAUGAGAUCUUGAGUAGAUCCGAAACGUUUGAGGUCGUAUCUCCACUCGAAUCAUCUUCAAGCGAUAGUUUUCGUAACCCUACAAGCAUGCUGGCCAAACAAUUGCGUCUGAGGCUGACUGGAAAAGGCGAGAAUAUUCCUAGCAGCUACAGGCAACUCAUGGUGUCUACUCAUGCUGUAGCUAUGUUUCGUGUUCUUGAGGAGUAUCUAUUGGCUCGACUUCGCGCUUCUUCUGAACUGGAAGAUCAUCAUGACGAUAAGCACGAGGAAGACGAAAAUGAUGAUGAUGAAGAAGAACAUAUGCUGAUCAGUGGAAAUGGUGACGAUGAAGAGGAAGAAGGAAUGGACGUUGACGACGAGGAUGAAGAGAUGGUAGACGCUGUUGAAGUACAGAAGGACAAUUCAGAAGAUGAAGAAGCAUCAGAAGGUAAACAAUCCAAACCUUGUGCAAGUAGUAGCAACAACAAGAAGAAGGAUGGCGAAUGGAGAAUUAGAUUCUCUCUGAAUGGAACUGUCAUCUCUAACGACACAACUAUCUAUGCUGCCGUCCACCAGUAUGAAAUGAAAGAAGAACGAAGUCAAGCAAGAGCCGGUCGUAGUAUUUGGUCUUCAUCUUAUCCUGUGACGUUUGAACGUGUAUGGGUUCCAAACUCUGACAGCUCUGAUGAUACAAAAAAGGCAGCAAUCGCUUGUCAAUUGGCCGAUGUUACGAAACCAAAGGACUUUUCGGAUGACUCAAUCUGUGCUCAAGUAAUCCUCUUGAUGAAAGAAUUAUCUUUGGCCAUUACCAAGAACAGCGUUGGCAUAUCGGCUCAAGACUUUAUCAAUCGCAAACUGACAGCUAAAAUGAAUCGCCAACUUGAAGAACCAUUGAUAGUUGCAAGCUCCUGUUUACCCACUUGGUCCUAUUGGCUGAUGAGCGUUGCUCCGUUCUUAUUCCCUUUUGAAACUCGAUAUCUAUUUAUUCAAAGCACAUCCUUUGGCUAUUCCAGAUUGAUUGCUCGAUGGCAGAGUCUUCAGAUGCGAAACAAUACUCAAAACGGCCCUAGAGAUGAUGGCCAUCAAUCGCAACAGCCUAUCCUUGGACGUAUGGAAAGACAGAAAGUCAGAAUUGUGCGAACACAGAUGCUAGAAUCUGCUAUCAAGAUCUUUGACUUGUUUGGUAGCUCGCCCGGAGUACUGGAAAUAGAAUAUGUUGGAGAAGAAGGCACUGGCUUGGGCCCCACACUAGAGUUUUAUGCAUCUACUUCAAAGGAAUUUAGCAAGCAUUCUAUCGAUAUGUGGCGUGGCUCAAACAAAUCAUUAAGUGGCUAUGUUGAUGCUCCAAACGGGCUUUUCCCAAAACCUCUGGCUAAACCAACCUCAAGUUCAGCAAAGAAAGUCAUUCAGCUCUUUAGGACGCUUGGUCAAUUCGUAGCAAAGGCCAUGUUGGACUUUAGAAUCAUUGAUAUCAGGUUUAAUCCUGCCUUUUUCAAAGUUGUCCUUGAUAAUGCCAAACCAAGCUAUGAACUGUUGAUGGAAAUUGAUCCUAUGUUGGCAAAAUCCUUGAAUCUUUUACAGUCAUUCAUAGACAGGAAGAAUGCUAUAUAUGCUGACCAAACCAAGUCACACAUUCAAAAGAUCAAAGAAGCAGAAAACAUUGAAAUAGAUGGUGUCAAAAUAGAAGACCUUUAUCUUGAUUUUACACUUCCAGGAGACUCUAAAUAUGAACUAAAGUCCAAUGGUAGCGAAAUACCAGUGACAAUAAAAAAUGUCGAGCAGUACGUAGAAUUGGUGCUUGAUGCUGUGGCAGGCUCUGGUGUGGCAACACAGAUUGAAGCGUUUAAAGAAGGAUUUAAUGGCCUAUUUUCUAUCGAAGAUCUGAAAUUAUUGACUCACUCUGAACUGGUAGCUCUAUUUGGCACUUCUGAAGAUGACUGGAGCCUGGCUACAUUAACCGAUACUAUUAAGGCAGACCACGGAUUUACCAUGGAAAGUAAAUCAGUCCAGUAUCUAUUAGAAAUAUUGUCAGAAAUGGAUGCAGUACAACGACGCGCAUUCCUGCAAUUUACCACAGGUUCACCUAGACUACCGAUUGGUGGCUGGAAGGCACUUCGACCUGUCUUUACUGUUGUGAGAAAGGUGCCCGAAUCAAAUUUAUCGCCAGAUGACUACUUGCCUUCCGUCAUGACUUGCGCCAAUUAUUUAAAGAUGCCCGAAUACUCUAGCAAGGAAAUAAUGCGUCAAAAGUUAGAGAAAUCCAUGAAAGAAGGACAAAAUAGCUUUUUGCUUUCUUAAUUGUAUUCAGUACAAUUUUCCCUUAUAUAUUCCUCAUCACAUAUACACACAUUUUCUCCCCAUAUGCAAUCUUUUUUUUUUUUAUACACAAUCCUUUGUUACAUAGCAAAACAAUUUGAUAAAUCAUUUACACAUUAAUAAAGA